UGCGCCCCUGCGCCGAGCUCGCCUGGCCUUUCUCUCCUUCCGCACAGCCGGGGUUUCCGCUUCCCUCCCGGGCGCGGGAGGUGAGGGAGCAAGACCGACCCUUGUCCGUGCAGCCGCCGCCGCCAUGUGGCCCCCAGACCCGGACCCCGAGCCGGACCCCGAGCCCGCCGGCCGCUCCGCGCCCGGCGCGGGUGUCCCGGGGCUGCGCGCCCUCCUGCCCGCGCGCGCCUUCCUCUGCUCGCUCAAAGGCCGCCUCCUGCUGGCCGAGUCGGGUCUCUCCUUCAUCACCUUUGUCUGCUACGUGGCGUCCUCAGCAUCUGCCUUCCUCACCGCGCCCCUCCUGGAGUUCCUGCUGGCCCUCUUCUUCCUCUUUGCUGAUGCCAUGCAGUUGAAUGACAAGUGGCAGGGCUUGUGCUGGCCCAUGAUGGACUUCCUCCGCUGUGUCACAGCGGCCCUCAUCUACUUUGCCAUCUCCAUCACAGCUGUCGCCAAAUACUCGGAUGGGGCUUCCAAAGCGGCCGGGGUGUUUGGCUUCUUUGCCACCAUCGUGUUUGCCAUUGACUUCUACCUGAUCUUCAAUGACGUGGCCAAAUUCCUCAAACAAGGGGGCUCUGCAGACGAGACCACAGCCAACAAAGAGGAAGAAGAGGAUUCCGACUCUGACUCCGACUAAAGGGCUGCCCUGCCCUGGCAGCCCGAGCCACGCGGGCCUUCCCUCCUGCUCUUCUGACCGGCUGGCCGGAGCGAGGCCUGGGGACCGGGAGUGUUGGGAGGAAGGCUGUCACUUCUCCAGAGGAGCAGGCCUCCUCACAGCCCCAAGGUGACAUUUCUGAGCCCGGCACGCAAGACGGCGCCCCUUGGCUUAGCCUAUCUAACCGCUCUGCACAGGAGGGCAUCGUGAAUAUUCCGCCACUCCUCGUUUCUGUCCCACAGACCUUUAGCCCUUUGACCUCUCUGCCAAAAAUAAGCACAAAGGGAGCCAUGUGACAUCUGUCACAGGGAUAUUCAUACCAGCGGGGGCGGGGGUGGGAGGGAGGAGGUAACGGGACGACUGAAGUAAGACAGAAACCACCAGGGGCCAGCCCCCCAGCCCCAGUGACCUUUGCAUUUGGUGCCCCUGCCCAUGCCAGGAACUUUGUCGAGAAUGAUCCUUCCAAGAUUCUUUGGUUCAAGGAGCACCACCUCCUUCAUUCUCUAAGCAGGGAGGAAGCUGGCCUUUGCCAUGCCCUUAACUGACUCCUCACACCCCUGGAAACCAUGUCUUCUUCAGGGGACAUGACUAUUCUGGGUCUAAGACCGUUUCAAAGAAAAGCUCGUAAAGUAGCUUACCAGGUCCAAAAGAUCAGGGGUGCCACAUGAAGGGACAGCGUCCUGGGUCGCUGGGCAGGCCCAGCCAGAGCCACUCUUCCCUGGGGUCCGCCAGCAGGCGACAGGCUCCUGGACGCUCAGGACCAUGUGCUUCUAGAGGCCAGCGCAGGUCUCCCGACCGCCUCACAAGAGGUGAAACGCGCCUUCUGUGUCUCCUAAGGACCUGUGCUGUGUAUAUAUCUUCAGUGGGAUUUUGUGACUUUAUGUAAUUUUUUAUACAAAAGCAGCUUCUUAAAUAGCAUUUCCUGUGACCAAGAGGCCUUGCGAAAUGAGCCAGAGUUCUGGACCCAUUUGGGAGCAUUUGUAACUUUUGUUCUUCUCUUGCAUGUGAAUCUCCUCCCCUGGAAAAAGCCAUAAUGAAUUAAACCAGACUGAUUACCUGC